AUGGAACGCUUUCUUGUCUUUGUCAAACAGAUACAGAGGUCCAGGAGACGCAAGGGCAAAAAGUACCGUCCAGAGGAGGAUUAUCACGAGGGCUAUGAGGAUGUUUACUACUAUGCUUCAGAGCACCUGCACCAUGAGGGGCCCUACACUAAACAUUCCAAUCCCUCCAGGCCACCAGAUGGCACCCUGGCCAUUAGGAGACAGAGCAUUCCAGAUGAGUUUAAGGGCAUGAGUACUGUGGAGCUGAUCAAGAAGGAAGGCACUACCCUGGGUUUGACCGUAUCCGGAGGCAUCGACAAAGAUGGCAAGCCCCGCGUCUCCAACUUGCGCCAGGGUGGAAUUGCUGCCAGGAGUGACCAGCUGAAUGUUGGGGACUAUAUAAAGUCUGUGAACGGGAUCAACUUGACCAAGUUUCGUCAUGAUGAGAUCAUCAGUCUUUUGAAGAAUGUGGGCGAGAGGGUCAUACUGGAGGUGGAGUACGAGCUGCCACCUGUAUCUGUCCAGGGCUCAGGUGUCAUGUUCAAAAACGUGGAGGUGACGUUACACAAAGAAGGCAAUACAUUCGGUUUUGUCAUCAGAGGAGGUGCCCACGAAGACAGGAACAAAUCUCGCCCGGUUACCAUAACAACCAUCAGACCUGGCGGUCCAGCUGACAGGGAAGGGACUGUCAAACCUGGUGACAGGCUGCUCAGCAUCGAUGGAAUCCGUCUGCACGGAACAUCUCAUGCAGAGGCCAUGAGCAUUCUCAAACAGUGUGGCCAGGAAGCCACCCUUCUCAUUGAGUACGAUGUGUCAGUCAUGGAUUCCAUAGCCACAGCUUCAGGCCCGCUGCUGGUGGAAGUGGCCAAGUCGAUGGGCUCCAGUUUAGGUCUGGCUCUCUCUACCUCCAUGUACUGCAACAAGCAGGUCAUCAUCAUCGACAAGGUCAAACCAGCCAGCAUCGCCGAUAGGUGUGGUGCCCUGCAUGCGGGCGAUCACAUCCUGUCAGUGGAUGGCACAAGUAUGGAGUAUUGCACACUGGCCGAAGCCACCCAGCUGCUAGCUAGCGCUUCAGAACAUGUCAAAAUGGAAAUUUUGCCCAACCAUCAGACAAGACUGGCUCUUAAAGGCCCUGAACAUGUCAAGGUGCAGAGGAGUAACCGGCCAUUGCCAUGGGAAUCCGGAACCAACAACAACAGCAACUUUCUUCCCUACCAACACUAUAACACCUACCACCCCGACCAGUCCCGCCAGACCAAACAGAAAACCUCUCCAAACAACCCCCCUCUGGGUUCAUCGUUCUCUCCCACCUCCAUGAGUGCCUACAGUCUGAGCUCACUCAACAUGAACACACUGCCACGCACCAUGUAUCCCACUAGCCCCCGAGGCACCAUGAUGAGACGUAAACUGAAGAAGAAAGACUACAAGAGCUCAAUGUCUCUGGCUUCCAGCACUGUAGGACUGGCCGGUCAGGUGGUCCACACAGAAACAGCAGAGGUGACCCUUAUCAGUGACUCCAUUAUGGGUUUUGGAAUCCAGCUCCAGGGAGGAGUCUUUGCCACAGAAACCCUGUCCUCACCACCACUCAUCGCUUACAUAGAUCCUGACAGCCCAGCAGAGCGGUGUGGCAUCCUGCAGAUCGGUGACCGUAUCCUGUCAAUAAACGGAAUCCCUACAGAGGACAGCACACUGGAGGAGACCAAUCAGCUGCUGAAGGACUCCAGCAUCACCAGCAAAGUCACACUGGAGAUUGAGUUUGACGUAGCAGAGUCGGUCAUCCCAAGCAGUGGAACCUUCCAUGUGAAGCUACCGAAGAAGCCGGGUGUGGAGCUGGGCAUCACCAUCAGCUCUCCUUCUAGUCGGAAGCCUGGAGAUGCACUCAUCAUCUCUGACAUAAAAAAAGGAAGUGUGGCACACAGGACGGGCACCCUUGAGCUUGGGGAUAAGCUUCUGGCAAUAGACAACAUCCGCCUGGAUAAUUGCUCCAUGGAGGACGCUGUUCAAAUCCUGCAACAGUGCGAGGACUUGGUCAAACUCAAGAUCCGCAAGGACGAGGACAACUCAGACGAGCAGGAGAGCUCCGGUUCCAUCAUUUACACGGUGGAGUUGAAACGGUAUGGCGGCCCGCUAGGCAUCACCAUCUCGGGCACCGAGGAGCCCUUCGAUCCCAUCAUCAUCUCCAGCCUCACUAGAGGAGGCCUAGCCGAGAGAACGGGUGCCAUCCACAUUGGUGAUCGCAUCCUGGCCAUUAACAGCAACAGUUUGAAAGGUAAACCUCUCAGUGAGGCCAUUCACCUGCUGCAGAUGGCAGGGGAGUCCGUCACACUGAAGAUCAAGAAGCAGGGAGAAUUGGCAAGCCCAAUACAGCCCUCAGUAAUGGGUCAUUUCAAUGAUCUGAACGACCUGGAGGAUGAAAGUCAAGCAGGGCAGAAACCCAGCAAACACUCUGACAUCUAUUCCACCACCAUUCCCAGUGUAGACAGUGCAGUGGAAUCUUGGGACGGCUCUGCCAUUGACGCCACUUUCAGCACCCAGGCUUCCACAGGAUUCCAGGCAUCAGGCUACAGCUUCCACAGCCAUGAAUGGCAGAACACAAAGCCCAGCCAGGGCAGCCUCUCCCCAGUCAACAGCAGCCGGCAGAGGAACAACAUCCUGCCAGACUUCGGACUCGGUGUGGAUGACUGGGACAGGCCUGGUGCUAGCGGAGUGUCCACGCUGCCUACCGGUUUAAUCUCAGACAGCAGGUUCACUGUGGGACAUGACGGAACAGAGCCAGACCAGGAAGAGAACUUCUGGUCCCAAGCACUGGAAGACCUGGAGACGUGUGGUCAGUCUGGAAUCCUGCGAGAACUUGAGGACAAGCCAGACAGGCUUCUGAAUAAGAGAAAUCUGGCCAUCUUGGCCACCAUCAUGUCAGGAAGCUCUAUGAGUCUACACCAUGACCCUGUGCCCACCCGAAGCCAUCUGGGCCGUCAGGCCAGUUUUCAGGAACGCGGCAGCAACAAGUUGCAAUACACACAGGCCAACCGCAGCAACACGUUGCCCACUGAUGUUGGCAGAAAGGCUUUCGCCAUGAGGAGAGUAAAGCAAGAGCUCAAGGAUAUUAUGUCGCCCACCCCAGUUGAGCUUCAUAAGGUGAGUCUUUUGAAGGACUCUGACAUUGAGGACUUUGGAUUUAGUGUUUCUGAUGGUGUCCUGGAGAAAGGGGUUUAUGUUAACAAUAUCUGUCCGGGAGGGCCUGCUGAAAUUGGAGGCCUGAAGCCGUAUGACAGACUGCUACAGAUAAACCACGUCCGUACCAGAGACUUUGACUGUUGCUUAGUGAUACCUCUAAUAGCGGAAUCCGGGAACAAACUCGAUCUAGUCAUAAGCCGAAACCCAGUUUCCUCCCAGCCUUCAGAACUGAACCAAUUAUCCAAUGAAGAGUCAGUGAACUGGACUGAUCCCGGAGACACACUCAAUCCGCCCACCGCAGGGCUGGAACCGGGCAAGUGCAACUCUACAGUAGAAGGACUGGAGGACACAGACCCCAACAAGACUUUAUAGCAGAACCUCCAUGGUGCCUGCAAUUGCUCCUCAUGGUGCUAAAGUGACUCCUCCCUGAACAAUGCACUCUGCUGGUGAAAAAGAGAGGUGCUUGUUCUCAUAUAGCACACACCUAGACCUUUUUUCCUGAGAGCAUGAGCCAAUGUGACAAGAGGUCUUUUCCUGGUGUGCUGGGUGUGUUUUUACCCUGUGAAAAUGGUGAUAAUUAUGGAGAAGACCACACUGACCUCUUGAGAAACCAAAAAAAAAAACAAAAAUGGAAAAACAACCAUGACGACUACUGAAACAGUGCCAUCAACUUUUUUGCCAAUAAUCAAGAAUAGUUUGAUGAAGGAUACAAAAAACAAACUAAGAUGCAUAAAAGCAACAUUUUGAGACUUUUAAUGAUGAUAUUGGACUGGCCAAUGGUUGUCAGUGUUUGUGAGAGUUUGUAUGUGUGCGCGAGUGUGUGAAGACUUUAUAUCGCAAGCCUGCAGUGCAGUCCACAAAGUCUGUCAAAAGUCCAACAUCCAUAAUGCAGCCGUCAACCCUUCUAUUUUGUGAUACUGCAACACUUGUGUGUGUAUAGUGUGUGUCUGUGUAUUUCCUCCUGAUAUCUGAUGCCAAGGUCAGAGUGUACCCCCUUUUUCCCUCAAAAGGAGGGGACGACAGCUGUUUUGUGAAAAAAAAAAAUCAGCACAACGAAUUUGGUAAACAUUUUACAGUCGUAAAAUUUAAUGUGGGUUAUAGCGCAAUGCAUGAAACCUUAUAUGAACUAUUUUGUAAUGGUUUUGUCCAAAUACAAGAGCUUGGCUACAUCCACUUACAAAAAGAGAACACACAUGCCAUAUUUUGGUUCUCUGUCCGGUAUGUUGUUUUUCAUUGUAGCUGACCUGAUAUCUCGUAUAAAUAGGAAAUCCAAUGUCACGCUGAUGAGAGGGUGGCACAAAGGCACCUUAUCUUAAAAUUGACAGAUGUCUAUUUUUAUGAAUAGAAAACCAUGAUUUGUAAGGGAUGUUUGUAUUUGAGUGAUGGUUAGUGAACAUGAGGGUUGCCGUGGGCCCUGUUGAGCAUGGGAGCAUAUUGAUGGCAUAGAGAAGGUCAUUUGGGGAAAAAAAAAAGGCUUUGUACUUUGUAAACUCUCCAGAUUAUUGAGAAAACACAUCACUGGCCCAAAGGAUAGAACAGCUUUUUAAUCCAUUUAUGCCAAUGUCAAUCUCUUAGUAGGAAGUUGCAUAUGAACAGUUUACACUCAAUUAGCAUCUAUGAUGAAUGAGAUUAUUAGAAUACCAAACAAAAAUAAUAUGGAAUUGUUGGAAUGGGUUUUAGAUUUCACACUCCAAAAAAAAAAAAAAUAUUAAAGCCUAUUUUUAAGAUUUAUGCAUUUCAAUUUCACAAAAUUCCAUCAAAUUCAAUUUUGUAAUCUUUAACCAAAUUUAAUUAAGAAAAUGUCAAAUAUUUUUUAUUUUAUUAAAAGUAUUGCAAUGCAAUUCACAGGAAAUGUGUUAUGAAAUUGAAAUGCGUUCAUAUUAAACAAAAACACAUUUGCAUUCCCUUACAAAACAUUACCAUGGUAACCAUUGUUUCUGGCAAAAUAAAGUUACUUUUUCAUUUUACUCUAUUGAAAAGUCAUAAUAAAUUAAUAUAAAAUCUCUAUAGUAUUUCACAAUUACAUUUUUUUGGAAACUGAUGGUUUAUGCCAAGUUAACACUGUUUUAUUGUAGCAAAAUUAACUGUAACUGGAGUGAACUGGUUACCGUAGUAGUACAUUUUGUACCUCAUCUAUGAUGGCAGAUUUAAAAAAACUCCAUAAGAAUCCAGUAUUCACCCCUUUGUUUAAGUAGUUAUAAAUCGUUCUGGUAAUUUGUAUACUGUUAUGGUUUUAUGUCUCAUCUGACUUGUUUGUUUUGUUUUUUGUUUUUUUGGACUGCAUAAGCCCAAAGGCAUCAAACUGUUUGUAAAGAGAGAGAGAAAAGAGUCAAAUAAUGAGAGAAUGGAGUUGUCAGUUCUACUAUGUAUGGUAGACCACUAAACAUACUUCACAUUGGUAGCUCUGCUUGAAUAAAAAGAAAAAGAAGAAAAAUGUGUCAGUACAGAAAAAAAAUAUAAUUGGCAAGCUGCUAAUGGAAAUGAAAACACUCACCCGUGUGAAACAUUGCGGCUUUUGAUUGCGUGCCAUCACUCUUGUUAUCAGUGCUCAAAGAUCAUGUCUCACUAUUUUCAAAAGGGACAUUCUGGUACAACUACUGAACUGAGCAAAGAAACCUCAUCAAGGGUACGCUCACAUGGAGUUUCUUAAUGGAGAACGUUUGAUUAUGAAAAAAGUUUCUUUUCUUUUUUUUGGUUUCAGAUAAACCUUCAGGUACAACUCAUGCACUGGGUUUUGAGAUGUUCUCACAUGUCAUAGGGUAAAUCAAUACUUGUUGAAUUACAGUUUUCAAGCCCUGAUUCAAGAGUUAGUUUUCUCUUGGAACAUUGUGAACAUUCAUUACAACAUGCAUUGCUUGCCUUGACCUGUGUUUGUCACAGCACUCCACUGUGUUACUGCAAAUACUCUCUAGUCAUGCAGACAUUUUUUGUGUAAAAAAAAAACCUCAUUCAUGUUUGUUUAAUUUGUGGAAACAUUUAGUGAAGUCAAGCACUGCCAGUUUAAAUAGUGGGUGUCCAUUUUCAGUAUAUGAUGAAUUUAUGAUUAAAUGUCACAGUUAUGUCCCUGAAAUAUUGUAUUUUUAUUUCUAAUUGACAAGUAUUAUGAACUGUAAAGUAUUUUUGUACAAAUUUAAUACUUUGUUAGCAUGAUGUUUAUCGUCUAUGUAUAAAUUUGGGGAUUCCUACAGCUGUAAUCCUUUGUAUGGCCGACAAAGAGAAACAAUAAAAAGACAUACAGAGUGGAGAAUUG